CCGCCACUGUAGCCGAUUCCGUCUCCGAGUCGACUAGCUCCUCUUCCGCCCUUGUUCCAUUUUAUCUGAAUCAUUACACACGAUUAUCACUAUUGAUCUUAUUUUCUCUUUUUUCUUUAUUUAGUUUCUUUCUUUCCAUUUUAUCAUAAUUUUAUUUAAAUUAUAUUAUAAUUUAGUAGCUGUUAAUUUGAUUGACUCAGUGAGUCCGGCACGGAGUCGAGUCGAGUCGCCUCCGUCCGAUCCAUGAGGUUCAUCUCUCCGUUGCGCCGCACGAAUCAGCGCGCAGAUCCACCUACAAUGGCUUCCAACUCCACCCUCCGCCUCCCGCCGCCUUGCCCUCAUCUCGCCGCUUACAUCGCAGGCGGCGGCGGUUCAGAGCUCCGAUCGCUCCACCGCAUCCUCCGCCGGCGGCCUCCGCUCGGGCGGCCCGAGGUUUGCCGCGACCCAGGGGAGGUGCCUCGCUGCGGCGCCUGCCGCGGCGGGGGCGCCCGGUUGUACGUUUGCGUGGCCUGCGCCGCCGUAUCCUGCAUCCGCCAUGCGGCCGAACAUGCGGCGAUGCGCCCGGGGCACGAGAUCGGCGUCGACGUAGACCGGGUGGAGCUGUUCUGCUCCGCGUGCAGCGAUCAGGUGUACGAUCCCGAUUUCGACGCCGCCGUCGUGAUCGCGCUCACCGCGCCCGCCGCCUGCUGGGCCCCGCAGACGCAGACGGGCAGACGCACGAAGCGGCCUCGCAGGGUGGAAUAUCGCCGCUGGGCCCUCAAUACGGGCGAGCGUGCGGUGAUCGGGCGGAGAUCUAACCCUUUGCUCGUCCGGGAGGGCAAUGCCUCCUCUUGUUCCACCGCCACCACAGUGAAUUCGACGGCUAACGCCGCCACCACUUCCUGCACUACCUCUUCCGCGCCGUUGCCUUGGGGAUUGAGGGGUUUGAACAAUCUGGGCAAUACCUGCUUCAUGAACUCUGUUCUGCAAGCGCUGCUACACACGCCAUUGCUGACUAAUUAUUUCUUGAGCAAUCGGCACAAUCACCUCGUCUGUCAGCGGAAGGUCAGGAAGAAAGCUCCCACCAAGGAGAGGAGCAACGGUUGGGAUGCAACUGCCGGUUUGCAAAUCUGUUUGGCCUGUGAUUUGGACGCGAUGUACUCGGCUGUCUUCUCCGGCGAUAGGAAGCCUUACAGUCCUGCCAAAUUCCUUUACAACUGGUGGCGAUAUGCAUCGAACCUUGCAAAUUAUCAGCAGCAUGAUGCACAUGAAUUUUUCAUUUGUAUGCUUGAUGGAAUCCAUGAAAAGGAGCAGGAGCCAUGCAAACCUUCCACCCAUUUGAGCAGUGGAGAAUGUUGCAUUGCUCAUAGGGUUUUUUCGGGUACCUUGAGAUCAGAUGUCACUUGCACCAUUUGUGGGUUUACAUCGACAACAUAUGAUCCUUGUGUCGACAUCUCCUUGGACUUGGACUCUAAGCAGAAUUCUAUUAAGACAAAUGGCCCCAAACACCAUAUCAAUGGCGACUUUAUAAAGUCAACAAUAGUCCAAAAAUCUGGAACUUCUACCAUCAUGGAAUGUCUGGAUCGCUUCACGAGGCCAGAAAAAUUGGGUGCUGACCAGAAACUCUUCUGCCAACAGUGUCAGGUGAGGCAGGAAUCCUUAAAACAGAUGUCGAUAAGCAAGAUUCCACUGGUAACUUGCUUCCACAUCAAGCGUUUCGAGCAUUCGUUGACGAGGAAAACAUCGCGGAAGGUGGAUCAAUAUCUGGACUUCCCAUUUUCCCUUGACCUGGCCCCGUAUCUUUCAUCCUCCAUUCUCAGCGCCAGAUAUGGCAACCGGGUGCUGGCUUCUGAGGAUUACGACUCAGAUUCAGAUGCAUCAGUCGAGUCAGUGUCAAACUUGGAGCUGUUUGCAGUGGUCACACACAGUGGUAACUUAGAUGCUGGCCAUUACCUGACAUACCUUCGUCUCAACGGCCAAUGGUACCGGUGCGACGAUGCAUGGAUCACUCAUGUCAAGGAGAGCAUGGUGAGAUCUUCUCAGGCAUACAUGCUGUUCUAUGUACAGAAAAUUCUUUACUACAAAGCGAGUGAGAAUUUGGUCAGCUCUUGAAGUGUUUGUCGAUAGCAAGCUCCAGUUUUGACACAGGGAAAGCCUACUUACGAACAGCUGAUUGCAGGCUCAAGUCUCUUUCUCUUGAAAGUCUCCUACAGGCAACCUUGAUACAAGAUAAAGAAAUUGGUUGAUAACGGAGUGUAUUUUUUCUGACCCCAAUGAGUUGUCAGUUUUUGGUACAACUUAACAGCCAUAAUAGAUGUGUACUUCGGAUCUUCCACACCUUCAGGAUUGGAGAGAGCCCUGCUUAGUAUUUGCUCACCCGUUGCUUCAAAUCAUUAAAAUGCUCGAAGGUUGUUUUUUCAUUAAUGGACUCAUCUUAUUGCUACUAAUGACUAACUUUUCAGAGGCAUCCUAAUCUGUAGUGGUUUUGAAGGAUCAUGUGUGUUGGGAUGACACUGCAAGCAAACUAAGGAACACGAGCUAUUGGAAGUGAGGCAUUAUAUGAGUAAUGACACAUUUAUUAAAUCGUUUGGUGUGGUUUAGUGUUCACUGUCGAUACUAUUGCCUUGCCACUUGAGAGUGUUUGUCAUCAUGUUUCGCUUUGUCAAAAGAACAAUGUGAUACAUUUCUCGUCAUGUGGUAGUGUAAUUAUAACACGAUACCAUUAUUCACUAUUAUGAUGUA